AUACAAAUACUAAAACAUGUUUAGUACCCCGACUGUGCUUUUAUGUCUAUGACAAUUGACUAAAUGUUCAAAAUAAAAGUUUCGGACAAAAUGAGUAACUACACCGAAACCUAGCACCGAGUAUAUGAGUAUAGCUGUUUUUAAUUUAUUUAUUUCGUUUUUUUAAUACUUGCUUGGGAAACACAACCGUGAGAGAGAAAAACACGAAAAACGAAUCAAUCAAUCGAUCAAAUAAUAAACGCGACACUUUUUUCUGCCGUUAUGAUUCGUAAACAGUCGUGAUGACGUCGCUGGCGCUCGCGCCACUGUCGGCCAAUCAGAGGCGCCGGCCCCGCCCCUCCGCUUCAGUCCGCGCGCGGUAAACCGGGCAGAAUGAGCGCGUCCGCGACCGACGCGAUGUUCCUGAGCGACGAGCAGGUCGUGAACCGCUGGGGCUUCGACUACUACGUGUUCAAGGCCCUCGGCGCCUUCAGGGACGGAGACUACACGGCCUUCGAGCACUUCACGCGGGUCGUCGAGAGUCUGGUGCUCAGGCCCGUGGACGGACGCGGCGACAUGAUCGUCAAGCUGCGCUUCAUGCAGUUCCUGUCCCGGAUCAACAACGGAGACAGGCUCGACCUGAUGUUCGAGGAGCCCCAGACCCCUCUGGAGUCGGCCCUCAGCGUCCUGGAGACCAUCUGCAGGGACAUGAGCGUCCCCCAGAGACAGCAGGAGCAGGUGCGGCACGCCAUCGUCGAGACGCUGGUCGUGGUGUGUAUCCGCAGCGGAGAGUUUGAGAAAGCUGAGGAGCUGCUGCUGAGACUCUUCAGUGACUCCAACGAUUCAGCAGGAAGAAGGAAGCUGCUGAUGAAUCUGAUUCGUCGUCGUCGUUCUUCUCACUCGGUUCUUCAGCUCAGCUCGUUCAGUGACUUCAAGCAGGACAUGCUGGACUUCCUUGAGCAGCUGUACCGUGUCCCGGAGCCCUUCCUGCUGCAGAUGCUGAAGCGCUCCGGACACCGCGGGCAGACGUCUCAGAGCGUGACCUCACCGCAGGAUGAGCGGACGAGCAGCGCAGCCGCCGAGGAUCAUGGGGGUGUGUGUGCGGCUCGUCUCAGUCUGCGGGCGCUGCAGCGGGUGUACGGCGUGCUCCGAGAGCGCUACGCUGUGAGCGUCUCCUUCACGCAGCUGCAGCGGGAGCUGGAGGACGAGAGCCAGGAGCCCGAGGGGCCCCACGCCGGCAUGACCAUCUCCCGCCUCGUGCAGGAGGACGACAGCCAGCUCAGCGAGGAGGAGGAGGAGCAGACGGUGUGUGAGCUCUGCUCUGACGAGUGUGUGUGUUUCAGUCAGGGCAGACGCAGACAGAAGAGGAUGGUCCUGUCCAGUGAAGAGGAGUCUGAGGAGUCCAGCAGACACAGACAGAAGAAGAAGAAGAGCGAUCACAGGAGUGUGUCCAGUGAGUCUGAUGAUCUCAGCUCGUCUCCAGCUUCACAGACACACCACCGACACAGCUCUCCGUCCGGAGGAACUCACAGCAGGAAGGCCCGGUGGGAGGAAGUGUCCGGGAUGCAGGAGAACUGGAGCGAUGAGGAGUCACUGUUCGGUUCCUCUUCAGGCCGCUCCAGCAGGAAGUGCAGCAGGAAGAUGUGGACGCUGCAGGAGUCUGAGUGGCUGAAGGAGGGUGUGCAGCGUUACGGAGUGGGACACUGGGAGAAGAUCCGCUCGUCCUUCCCCUUCAGCGGACGCACGGCGGUCAACCUGAAGGACCGCUGGAGGACCAUGCUGAAGCUCAGGCUGGUCUGACACACACACACACACACACACACACACACACACACACACACACACACACACGUUUUAUCAUGUUUUUAGGCCUUGUGUUCCUCAUUAAACACUGGUUCAUUCAUUCAUUCCCUGAAAGUGUGUUCUUGAUGUUCACGAGGGAGCUCCUGUUAGGUGCUUCUCUCAAACAGACCUUUAAAAGGAUGUGAGUUAAUGCCAGGAGUUGUCUUUGGUCAAAUAAAUGAACUGAACAGAA